GAACAUCUGAUGCUAUUAUAUAUAUAAAAGAAAAUUGUAAUGCAAUUUUUAAAAUAUAAAUCGUGUGCAGCAGGAAUUUAAAAUGAAGAAUUAUUGUAAAAAAAUUUUUUGUAUAUUUAUUAUCGGACUAUUUUAUUUGAUUAAUACUGGAAAUUCUUAUGAUUUUUCAACAAUUCAAAUUGAUCAACAAAUUUAUGAUAUGGAAAUAAAUAUUAAAAAAGAAUCUGAUGCUGCUUAUAAUUCAAAUAUUAAUUCAUAUGGAAUAUGUUCAUAUGGACGUUCAUCAUUAAAAGAUUUACCAUAUAAAGCGAAACGUCUUGCAAAAGAAUGUAUUGAAGAUGGUAUAAAUAAUGAAGAAAUAAUUGAUGAAAAUUUUAUAAGAAAUUGUAUUCAAUAUACUGAAAGUAUUGCAUAUACUGUAAUUAAUCAAUUUUUAUAUUGUGAACAAAGUCAUAAUGUUUAUUUAUAAUAAUCUUAAAUUAUCAAAUUUUAUA